AUGUCGGAGCAGCUGUGGCAGCAGGCCGGCCAGGUGUGGUCCGUGCUGGACGACCUCUCUGUGAACGACCCCGCAGCUUACCGCACACUGAUGGAGAAGCAGAUGAAGGAAGGAGCGGAGUUCCUGGCAGCUCCGGAGCUCCACGCCGGUCUGAGCGCCGCGGUCCUGGAGCCUAAGAAAUUCAUGUUAUACAUCAACGUGUGCUGCUGGAAGCGCGUUCCUGCUCCUCCAGACCCCAGCAGUGCUUUACCCAUUUAUGCAGGGAAACUGGAAACAGGCACAGAUGAAGACCGAGGCGAGUUUGCCGUGUUGGAUGUGGCUGUAAAUCCGGCGGUGCUGCAGGAGUGUGAAGGAGACCAUGUGAAGACUGACCAGCUGUUCAGACUGGCGCUGAGCUAUGCCCAGCAGCAGCAUGGGAUGAAAUUAUCUCAACAGUACAACGUCCGCAAGCGUUGUCCAAAAAGCAGUCCAGAUGAGCUGUACCACCGGCUCGGGUUUCUGAAGCGGUCCAAGACCUCCAGACGACCCGACGCAGGUGGCCAGAUGCCGGCUGCCCUCCUGCAGCAGAUGUCUGCUCUGCGAUCAGAGGAGCACGGCUCGGCGCCUCGCAUUAUCUGGAAACCCGCAGAGUGCAUAAAGAAGGAUUUGAUCCAGGUCAUCUCCUCCUCCUCCGCGGAGCCUCAGAAGCCGGAGUACCAACUCGAGGUGAAGAUGGAUCCAGCAGGAGUCCCUCGCAGCGUGGAGCUCGUGGUGGAGCUGCCGAAGGUUCGCUCGGUGUCAGAGUGCCAGCUGAGCGUAUCUGAGGACGAUGUGUUAUUGGAUGUGGAAGAUGUUUACCAUUUGCUUCUGGAGUUUCCCAAAACUGUAAAUGAAGACACGGCGUCCGCCAUCUUCAACAAGAAGAAACGCCAGCUGCUGCUGAAAGUGGAUAUUUUGGUGAAUGAGAAACAUCUUAUAGGAACUGAUCAAAAAUGA